CAUUCUUCAAAUCACCUUUCCUCUCAAACAUUCUUAAUUUCUCUUCAGUUAUAGAAUCAAGCCUUUACCUGUAGCUUCUUAAGCUCAAAUCAAUCAACAAUGGCUACUGACACAGCCAAGAUCUCUCAGCUCAAAUCAGCUGUUGCUAAUCUCAGUCAAAUCAGCGAGAGUGAGAAAACUGGAUUCGUCAACCUCGUUUCUCGCUAUCUCAGUGGGGAAGCGCAGCAAGUUGAGUGGAGUAAGAUUCAGACACCUACUGAUGAAGUAGUGGUUCCUUAUGAUACCUUGGCGCCAACUCCGGAGGAUCCGGAUGAAACAAAGAAGCUUUUGGACAAGCUUGUUGUUUUGAAGCUUAAUGGAGGUUUGGGGACUACAAUGGGAUGCACUGGUCCCAAGUCUGUCAUUGAAGUUCGUAAUGGAUUGACAUUUCUUGACCUUAUUGUCAUCCAGAUUGAGAAUCUUAAUAAGAAAUAUGGGUGCAGUGUUCCCUUGCUUCUAAUGAACUCAUUCAACACUCAUGAUGAUACACAGAAGAUUAUUGAGAAGUACUCGAACUCAAAUAUUGAGAUUCACACUUUUAAUCAGAGCCAGUACCCUCGUCUGGUUGUUGAUGAUUUUGUUCCAUUGCCUUCCAAGGGACAUACUGACAAGGACGGAUGGUAUGGAAUGAAAGGCUGUUUUAAUUUGAUAGAAGAAAAAAAAAAAUCGGUAAACUUGCGUUGA